AUCUGUGAUUGGUCUGAGAACUGCUUUCAUUUCUGUGUCUGUUCCCCUCAGCGUUGGUCUGCACUGUAACAGCAGCAGAGAGCGGAUGCACUUCCUCCGACUGCAGUUAGUCUUUUUACUCAAUUUUAUUUUCCACCCUUUUUGAUUUUGAACCUCUGCAACUGACAUUUCUCUGGACUUGAAAACAUGAGCACAGAUUCGCACCAGCUGAAACAAUAGCGACUAAUUACACUCUCGACAAACUAUAAACACGGCCGAAAAAUCCAUCUGAACUCAGUACAGGAAAACGAUGAGGCCGGCGACUGAGGCCCUCUGGGCGGCACUCAUGUUGGCGGGACUCCAGCAGCUCACCUCUCUCGCCACAUCACCUGACAGCAGCGUGGACCGCUCGUCCCAGAACCUCCCCUCUGUCCCCAGAGACCUGCCACCGGGGGUUGAGUUUUUAGAUCUGUCACACAACCACAUACGGCAACUUCACCAAGGAGACUUUAAAAACACCACUCUCCUGAGGCGCCUGAAUGUGUCCUGGAACAGUCUGGAGGGGAUAGAUCCGGGGACGUUCCUCAACACUCCACUCCUGGAGGAUCUGGACCUGUCCCACAACAGGCUGAGGAACCUGUCGGGUCAGCAGUACCUCCUGCACACAGGAAAUCUCCUGUUGUUGAAUCUGACCUGGAACUCGUUCGUCACAAUGACACUGGGGGAUUCUUUCCGUUCCCUGGCGAAACUGGAGAGAUUGGCACUUGAGGCAGAAAACAUCAGUGUGGGUGACUUCAAGAGCAUCGCUGAAAAGAAACUGCAAACACUUACACUUUGUCUGGGGGAUGAGCUGGGUUAUGAGGCAGGCAGCCUGAAGGACGUUCACGCUCAAAGGCUUCAGAUAGCCUCCACCAGUAGUAAGAUCGUGGACGGUGGCUUGUAUUCUGAUGCUCUGUCAUUCUUUGACGAAGUGGAGUUGAUGAAUUUGACUGGUGGCUACAGGGAACUUACUGAGCAGCUUAGCCAGAGGGUAAAAAUCCGCACUUCUCAUCUUUAUCUCACCAACAUAUCAAUCAAAUGGUACGACUUAACUUACUUUGUCAAUGUGAUUCUGCAAACUUCUAUCACCCAUUUGGACAGCUCUGAUGUGAGCCUGUAUAAUUUGCCCUAUGUAGACACUAAGGUGACCCAGAAGUCUAGAAUGAAAUCCGUCUCGAGUAGAAGGAUUGUGGUGAAGUCUUUCUUUUUCUCACAGGAGGCCGUAUACAACUUCUUCAUCAAUAUGCCUGUGGAGAGUUUCUCAAUCACAGAGUCUCCAAUCAUUCACAUGACCUGCCCAAAGUCACAGAGUCCAAUGCUCCAGCUGGAUUUCUCCUACUGUGCUUUAUCGGACACCAUCUUCUCCAUGGUGGAGGAACAGCAAACUCUUGAGUGCCAGACUCUCAGUAACGUGAGAAAACUGAUUCUGGUCAGCAACAAUCUCAAGAGUCUCCAGCUGCUGAGCCAACGCAUGCAACACAUGAAAUCACUGCAGCAUCUUGACCUCAGCCUCAACUCCCUCUAUUACGAGGGUAUAGAUGAGUGCGUGUGGCCAGCAAACAUCACCAAUAUGACUCUGUCCUCCAACCGUCUCACGGACUCUGUUUUUAAAUGUCUACCAAAAGGAAUAGAGACGCUGGACCUCCAGAACAACCAGGUUUCUGUGGUGUCGUCAUCCAUCUUAAAAAUGGAAAGCCUGACAUCUCUGAAUCUGAUCGCCAACCGGCUGCGGGACCUGCCUGUGUGUGACGGUUUCCCUAAACUGAACGAGCUUCUGCUCGGGUCAAAUUCCCUCCACGCCCCGUCUGUGAACAGGCUGGAGACCUGCCCCGAGCUGAGAACCCUGGACGUCAGCUACAACCCCUUCACCUGCACCUGCGCUCUGAGGAGUUUCAUACGACUUGGCAUCGAAUCUGAAAGGAAGAACAGUCACAGAGGGAUUGAAUUAUUGCGCUGGCCAGGGGAGUAUUACUGCACCUACCCAGAGGACGUGCGAGACACCAUCUUGAAAGACAUCUGGAUUCAAGAGAUCACCUGCAAUGUUGGCGUCCUGGCAGCCACCAUCUUGUGCCCAGCAGUGGUAGUGAUUUUGGUAGUUAUGACCCUGUGCCAUCGUUUAGACAUUCCCUGGUACAUGGGGAUGAUCUGGCAGUGGACCAGAGCCAAACAUCGUGCCAGAACAAGACAAGUCCGACCUGAGGACCUGAUCGGUGUCGAGUUUCAUGCUUUUGUGUCUUACAGCCAGCACGACACCGACUGGGUGCACGACUCCCUCCUUCCCAACCUUGAAGGUCCUGCAGGAGGCCUCCGAAUCUGCCUUCAUGAGAAACACUUUGUGCCUGGAAAGACAGUUGUGGAGAACAUCCUCGGCUGCGUGGAGAAAAGCAGGCGCUCCCUGUUUGUGCUCUCGGCUCACUUUGUCAAGAGCGACUGGUGUCACUACGAGCUGUACUUCGCCAGCCACCAGCGCCUUUCCCGGGGAUCCGACAGCAUCGUACUGGUUCUGCUCGAGCCGCUGCCUCAAUACACGAUCCCAUCCAAGUACUAUCAGCUGAAGGCCAUGAUGGGCCGGCACACCUACUUGGAGUGGCCACAGGACAGGGCCAAGCACAGGCUGUUCUGGGUGAACCUCAGAGCUGCUCUACAGGCAGACCUGCCCAACGCACCGGUCACAGAGAUAGAGUGACUGCACAGGGCAGAGGAAAAGAGGAAAAGGAAGUUGCAAGAAGAAGUACGAAAGUGGCAGAGGAAGUUUGCUAGAGGGAACAUAGGAGUAAAAUCGUAGGAGCAGAGGGGACACUGUUUCGUUUGUUUAUACACUCUUGUCUGCGAGCUGAAGACAAACUGUUGUUUUAAGUUUGUACGAUUUAAAUCAUUUAGUCACUUCACAUGCUAACUCCUUGGAACAGUUCAAAAGACAUUUAAUGUUGACAUUUACAUAAACUAACAAGUUGAUCAGGUUUGUAACUAAAACAAUAAACAUUAACAGACAAUAUCAAAAAAACACGUGAUUCUUUUAUCAACACUGACAUCCAGAAAAUAUCACAAUAUGAUUAAACCACUUCAAAUGUGGUUAAAAGCACAUACUGUGGUAAAAAGGAAAACGAUGCACAUUCUGCUUUUGAAAAGAUAGAUCCACUUUUAAGGCAAGACAACUUUUCAAGUACAAUUAAAGAUGAAAAAGAGACGAGAGCUAAAAGUGAUGUAUCCUUUUGUAGAGACAGCAUCCACAGCUGCUAAGGUCAUGAGGUCAGUCCAGCUGCAUUAAAUCUGUGUCCUGAAUAUCUGUUACGAACAGAGUCAAAUGUCAGAGUCCAGGAGUCAAGGAAGAGACUGGAUGAUCAUGAUUUUUUCAUUGAUGCAGAAACGGUGAAGCACGCUCAGGAGGUUCUCCCCACAACGCGACACCUGCCUCUCCAUGGCCAGACGGAAAUCCUCUUUCACUCCUUUGGUGAUUCCCCGCGUCACUGUGUGGUGUCUGUAGAAGUGAAAAUGAUGAAAAGAAAAAAGAUGAACACAAUCAUACACAUGGUCAGAAAUGUAUUCUUAUGAGCUGAUUUGUCACAGACACAGAAAGGUGACCUAUGCGGUAAAGACAACGUCAUGAAGACAAAAUGCUAAAUUUCUCUUUCACGCUCAUCAACCAGUCAAGAUUAUUAUACAACAAAUCUUUCACAGUCAUAAAUAAAAACCACAUAAAACAUGUCCACAAAUGAAAUGUUACCAAGUGUCAUGAAAAGCAAAAAAACUAAAUCAGCUGUACAAAAAGACCAACAUAAUCCUUGUGUAACAACUAUAACAACAUCGACAACAGUAAUGACCACAGAAAGACGAGCAAUGGCUCAAAUAAACAGACGCCGACAGGAAAUCAAAGAACGUCUAAC